AUGGAGGUUUCCGCUCAACAAUUGAGCUUCCUAGACUUACCUAUCGAGCUCCGCAUCAUGAUAUACGAACACAUAUCUUACCUAACUGUGCAAUCUGUAUUCGCAAGGUUGCCCACCACUGGUCCCGCAAGCUCGUUUGCUCUCACCUCCUCCGCUCAGACCGCUAUGUUGGUCACUUGCCGCACAAUCAAUAUCGAGGCACGCGCCAUUAUGACACAGCAAAAGCAGACCCUGCUCGACGGCCCAGGGUGCAAACUCCCGUUUGCGCAAAUUGAGGCUGACUGCGAGGCGCUUCUUGCCCUGAGCUCUGAAUAUAGCGUUUUCGAAGCCAUCAAGGAUUACUACGUACUCGUCCGCGAAGACCGUACCAACCCAGCCGAUGUCGACACCAUUUUCAGCAAAUCUGAGGCCUCUAUGAUCGAAAAGUUAGGGCUAUACUAG